CUACCUUGUUUACCUAGUAAAUUCAGGUCCUAUAAGAAGUUGCCUUCUCUCCCAUUCUCUACUUCUCUCAAGACAUACAUCCCUUCAACUGAUAUAGACAAUAAAGAAAGAAAAAUGGAAGAUCACUGCAGUCUUCUUAACUGGUCAUGCUUCUAUCAAGAUGAGGGGAUUGAAGACAUAAGGCAUCAUCUCCUGUAUACUACAGAACUUGAAACAGCAAUUGUAUCGGCAAAGGAGGAGAUAGCAAGAAGAGAAAUUGAGAUAUUCCACCUCAAAAAUCUUUUGAGCAGGACAGUUAAGGAAAGAAAUGACGCCCAGAUACAAUGCCGGAAACUAGUUUUGGACAAAUUAUCCUUCGAGCAACAACUGCUGCAAAAUCAGCAGCAGCAGGAAAUGCAGCAAUUGAAGCAAGAAUCUGCUUCACUCGCUCUAACUUACAGUAGUGAAGAUGAAUCCAAGGCUAGUGAUUCCAACAAUCACAUCAGCUCUCCUGAUUCUAGCAAAGUCAUUGUUCCCUCGCAGUUUGGUGACCCAAUUCCCCAGCAACCAUCGCAAUCAUCACUUCCAGAUGUGAUACUUGAGUUAACAGCAGACAAACCACUUCCAGAGAAAGGGAAACUCUUGCAGGCAGUGAAGGAAGCUGGUCCGCUCCUCCAGACCCUUCUCCUGGCUGGACCACUCCCUCAAUGGCAGCACCCACCCCAAUUAGACUCCAUCGAGAUCCCACCAGUAACCAUUUGUUCGCCAACAUCUCGGCUAAUACACGAAGACUCUUUCAACAGUUUCACUUCUUGUUUGAGCAAGAAGAGGGAUCGAGACUUCGGCGAAGGUCCUGAUUCUUCUUCACCUGCCACCAAGUAUCAGAAAAUUGUCCUCCAUUAACCAAAUCCUUAGUUCUUACACAUAGUUCUCUAGUACUGUGGGGCAUCCAUCCUUUUCCUUACUGUUAAUCAUGACAAGGAAAGCAACUGGAAACGGAUGGCCUAGCUAUUAUGCAUCAGUUUGGAAUUUGUAAACUACUUUUGUCUUAGAUAUUAAUGAUUCUAACUUCUAUGGAAAGUCAGGUGGAGACUAGAGUACUGUAUAAUGUGAAAAUGGGUACUGAAUUCUCCAUGUUAGCUGGAAAAUUUUGUAUCAAUAUAUUGCUUUUCUCUUUCACACAAA